UCGCUUCCGGGUUACCGCGCAGGCGCAGAGAACGCGUGGCGCCGAGCGAGGCGGAGGCGCGCGGUUUGUGGGUCUCCGCGCACGGGUGCGGGGCGCGGAGCCGGGUCGCUGCGGCGCGGGCGUCAUGUCAGACAACGAGGACAAUUUUGAUGGCGACGACUUUGAUGAUGUGGAGGAGGAUGAAGGACUAGAUGACUUGGAGAAUGCUGAGGAGGAGGGCCAGGAGAACGUUGAGAUCCUCCCCUCUGGAGAGCGACCGCAGGCCAACCAGAAGCGGAUCACCACACCAUAUAUGACCAAGUAUGAGCGAGCCCGCGUGCUGGGCACCCGAGCCCUCCAGAUCGCGAUGUGUGCCCCCGUGAUGGUGGAGCUGGAGGGGGAGACAGAUCCCCUGCUUAUCGCCAUGAAAGAGCUCAAACAGUCUGCCCCUCCUGCUGCAGAGCUGGGGUCUCCAGCCCUCAUGUGCAUGUGCCUUCUCCCCGCCACAGGGCCCGAAAGAUCCCCAUCAUCAUUCGGCGCUACCUGCCUGACGGGAGCUAUGAAGACUGGGGGGUAGACGAGCUCAUCAUCACGGACUGAGCUGGAGUCAUCUUCCCAGCUGCGCCUCACCCCAGCUCCUGUUCCCACAUCCUUUACACGUGUAAAUAAUAAACUCUCCAACCUUCCCA